AAACUAUAUCCAAAGAAAUCAAGAAUGGUUAGAUUGAGUUGUUGUGGAACGGUCGAGACAGAUGCCUCGGCCAGGAUAGACAGACAAAUAGAGGGUGAUAGGAGAAAGACGAGGAAUUUCGUCAAGCUCCUGCUACUCGGUGCCGGCGAGUCGGGCAAGUCCACAAUCUUCAAACAGAUGAAGAUUAUCCAAGAGGAUGGUGGAUAUUCCCGCGACGAGCUACUCGGCUUCCGCUCCUUUAUAUAUGCCAACUGCGCCAGCCAGAUGGAAGCCCUAGUGAGGGCCGCCGUACAACUAGAGAUAGAGUUGGAGAAGCCAGAGAACAAGCCAAGGGCAGACAAUAUUAAAGGAAAGAAUGGCAUUGAAGAAUGGUCGUCCAAUCAUUUGGGCGAAGAUAUUAAGUGUCUAUGGGAGGACAAGGGUAUCAAAGAGACAUAUGCUCAAAAGGAUAAACGCUUUCAAUUGAAUGACUCUGCAGCAUAUUUCUUUGACAACAUUGACAGAUACAUCAAGGAGGACUUCAUACCAACUGAGCAAGACGUACUGCGAUGCCGUGUCAAGACGACCGGUAUCCAGGAGUCGGACUUUAUGUUUGAGAAGAUCAGACUGAAGAUCGUUGAUGUUGGUGGCCAACGUUCUCAGCGUCGCAAGUGGAUCCACUGCUUUGACUGUGUCACAGCCGUGAUCUUUGUGGCCGCCAUGAGCGACUAUGACCAGGUGCUGCGUGAGGACGAGUCAAUCAACCGCACACACGAGUCCCUUGCCCUGUUCAAGGAGAUCGUCAACUGCGACUACUUCAAGGACACACCCGUCGUGCUGUUCCUCAACAAGAAGGACCUGUUCAAGGAAAAGUUGAAGCGUGUUCCACUGCAGUCGUGCUUCCGCGAGUACACUGGCACCAACAAGUAUAAGGACGCCGCCAUCUUUAUCCAGUCGCAGUACCUGGCGUGCACGCCACCCAACCGCACCGUAUACACCCACGCGACCUGCGCCGUGGACACUGAGAACAUCAAGUUUGUGUUCAAAGCUGUCAGACAGAGCAUUCUGUCUCAAGCUGUCGAGCACUUCUAA